UAUCACCUUAUUAAAAAAUUGAUAAGGCAAUUUACGUGCGGUGGACAAAUUAAACUUGAAAAAGUUUACCAUCCUCAGGUAACGUUCCGUCGAAGAUGGCUAGUCUGUUUAUUAGGAAUGUACUUUUCAGUUGUGUGUUGCUUGCGGCGGGAGGCUAUGCUGAUGUCGAUUUUAUUGAUUGUGGAUCUGACAUAGCUGUUAAAGAAGUAUAUUUCGAUAGGUGCAGAUUUGCGCCGUGCCAAGUAUUUGCAGGUACUUCAUCGAGAGUAAAGAUCAUUACCAGCAAAUUUCCAACUAUCAGUUACUUUUACAUCGACGCAUAUGUGAAAAUAUUCGGGCAAAAGUUCUAUGAUCUGGCAGUUGUGCCAAACGCGGAGGCUAACGAACCCAAGCAUUCGACACCGUUUAGGGAUAGCGGCCUCUUCGACGUAGUGAUCCACUUCGGAAGUAAUUUAAUACUGAGACCAGCCGUUCUACUCAUUAAUACAACUUAUAGGGAUAACGACUUCAGGUGGGGCCAGGUUUGCAUUCAACUUGAAGUAGACAUAUAUUAG